AUGGGCAACUCACAAUAAAAAGAACAAAUAGAGCAAUUUCAUUAGCAAAAGCUUGUUUAAAUUUAAAGUAGAUUCAAUUAAGAUGCACAAACAAUAUACGAAAAGUAAAACAGUAGGAUGAUCAGAUCACAUUCCACUCCUGCUUCUUCUUAGUUUAAACCUAAAAUUAAUCAUAUAGCUGUUAUAAAUAAUUAAAACUCAAUUAAAAGCAUUCCUACUUAGAGCUGUAUGAAGAUAACUCCUAGAUCCCAUAGCCUUUUUAAACCAGUCUUAAAGCAAAUAAUAAUAUAAUCUCCUAUAAUGCAAACGCCAGUUAUUAAAUUGAAGUUAUAACACCAAAAUCCUACUUAUUAAUCUGCAAAAACUAUUUCAUCAUAAAUAGUAAAUCAAACCUCAUAGUUAUAAAAUACAAGUUUUAAUAAAAGCAAUUAAUCUUAUACAAAUUACAAUUAAGUUUCUCCGUUGAAUUUUCAUCACAAAAAAUAAUAAUAAGAUGAAACAAAUCAAUCAAUUAGCGCAUUUGAAAUUAAUAAAAGUGAUAAAAAGAAUGACGAAAAUCAGUCGCCAUUUAAAAAAGAUUAACAUUUAAGAGUAGACUAACUCCUCUAAGCUAUUUAGCCAAAUUAAAAAUAGUUUAUUACAUAAAAAGAAGUCUCAUAAAAUAAUUUAUUGGAAUUAAAUUUUAACUCUCUAAAGCCUAUGAGUGCAUAGGUACAAUCAUAAGAUUAGAAUUAAGUUAUCAAAUUGUAAAAAAUAUUAAAUGCACAAGAUGUUCCUAACUCCUCAUAAUAAAAUAAUAAGAAUUUUGUAAGGUUUUAAGAUGAAUAUGACAAACUUUAGACCCCUGUUAAACAAAAAACUUGCAAAUAAGACACUAAUUUAUCAGCUAAAGGUUUAGAUAAAAGUAAUGAGUCUCAUAUGAAUUCACUUUCUAUUAAAGAAUAAUUUGAAUACUUUGAUAAUUUACUUACAAAGCAGCUUAGUUACUCAUAAAGUAAAAAUUAGAAGGCUUAAAUCAAAAGUAUCCUAGCUUAGCAAGAUUCAGAAAAUUAGAAACAAGAAUUAGAAGUUUUAGAGAAGUAAAAUGAUGAGGAGCAUAAAUAUUCAAAGAGCGUGUCAAACUUCAACAUUAGCAUCAAAAAUAGUCCUAAUAAUUUUAAUAAAGAUUAAGAAAUUUUAUCAUAGCAAAAUUUCAAUCUUCCAGCAAGUAGUAAAUAUAACUAAGGAUCUAGGCUAAGCACUUAACAAUAUUCAAGCAAUAUGAAUUCUUCUAAUUAUGAUGCAGCUUGUAGAGAAAGUGUGUAAGAAAAAGCUCCUUAGAGCUGCUACUAAUCAGAGAUUAAGCGUUAAGAUUAAAUUGAGGAAAGUAGCUUCUUUUAAUAAAUUAGUAUUUUAAAUCAAAAAAUGGAGCUUGGUGACUAAAUUAUGGAACAAAAAAGAAUAUAAAGUGAGUUGAUAAAGUUGCAAUAAUAAUAAUAAUAAAACUUAUAAUUAGAUAAAUAAAAGAUUUAACACGAUAAAAAUUAAGAAAAUAAAUUAAUUACUAAGCAAGAUGUAGAAGCUCAAAAAUACAGUAGUCAUGCAAUUCAAUCUAAAAAUUAAUUAAGGAUGAUUACAAAUCAAAGUAAUUUUUGUUCAUAGCAAACAGAAAAAAAUAAGCAUUCAGAGCAUGACUAGUAGCUAAUUUAAGGUAAUCACUAGCUUAAAACUAUCGCUCAUCUGCCUGAAGGCUAAACCUAUUACUAUUUAUAGCCAUAAGGAGGUAUUUUAUAUUAAAAAAAGCAAAACUCUCCUAUCAAAUAUCUUAAGGAAGAUUUAAGAAAUACUCACUCCCUUGAUGCAGAGCUGAUAUCACCAACCAAUAAUUAAAUAUAAUAUUAAAGAAGCCAAUCACCUAUAAGUAAUUAACUAGAAUUACCUGUUUCUUUUACUCAUAAAGACAAUCAUCAAAGUGGUUAACUCAAUAACAAUAGUAAGGAUUUAAAAAAAUAAGAAGGUAAAGAAAGUUAAGUGAAUUUGAAUGAUAUAGGACUUAGUAGCAACUUAAGUGUAAAAAAUAACCCUUAAGAUUAUUCUUAUCAGACUGACAUUGAUAAUGUUAGAAUGGCAUCAGUUAAAAUGGCAACAAAUACCUUAAGCCCAAUCAAUAAUACUAAGAAUGAAAUAUAUUAUCAUUAACCUGAGUGGAAUACAAAAGAGAGUGAUAAAAUAUUCCAAUAAAAUAUUUAAAAUAAAAUUUUGGAUGCAAGAUUAAAAGAAGAUGAUUCAACUGCUCCUCAAACUCCACCUAAACAAAAUCUUAACUAAGUAGGUUAAAAUAAUAACCUUAAUAACAAUACUUAAUCAAAUUAAAACAAUAGCUCUGUAUCUUCUGCUUAUACAUUUAAUUAAAAAGCUUAUGAAAAUAGGUAAGAAAAGCAUCCAAUUAAACACUUUACUUUAAAAAUUGACAGCUUUAAAAAAGAAAUCAUCAACACUAGUGAUCAUUUCACUGAUUCAGGUAUAUGCAGAGAAUCUACUCUUAACUUUACAGAGCAAAAGACAAUCAAAAAAGAUUCGUUGCAAGAAAAUUAAUAAGAAACAAGCAUAUCACAGAAUUACUCUCCAUCUUCUUUAUAAAAAAAGCCAUCAAAUUUAGUAAAAUAAAUUGAAAAUAUUUAGGAUAAUGUGAGAAGAAGCAUAAUUAAAAGCAAAGAAUUAAAUGAAGUGCUUUCAUAAACCCUUAAUGCAACAUCUUUAGGUGAUAAUAAAAAAGUAACUGCAUUAGAAGGAUAAGAUGAAAUUGAAUUAGAGCCGUUCCCUGAAGACUUAUAAAAUGAUACAUAAAAUAAUAAUUAUAACAUUAAUUUUAAUUUAACUGAAAAAAGUCCUGUAAGAAACAGUAAAAUAAAAAUAUAUCAUGGCAAGAUUGAGCACAUCAAACUAAAUUAAGACCAAUAGCCAGAAAAUUUAAUUCUGUAUAAGCUAGAUGAGUAACUGAAUGCUUUGAUACCAGUAGUGAUUGAAAAUAAUGUAUCUGAGUUAAAAUAUAUUGAUAAUAAUAUAAUGACUCAUUAAAAAACUUAAGAAACAAGAGCAGACAGUAUAUUUAGCAACUUUUCUCCUAUAAAAUCAUAUUAAGAUUUACUGAAAGAGUAGACUAGCGGAUCUAAAACAAAAUAAUUGAAUACUAGUAAUAAAAAAAGCAAUACUCAAGAUAAAAAAUACUAGAGAUCUUCAAGUGUUGAUAAGUAUUCAGCAUCAAAACAAAAACCAUAAUCAUCAUUUAACAUGAGCAAGCAAUAAAACGAAAUUAAAUACUUUUAACAUUAAGUAAAUCCUGGCUUAAAAGAUAAUGCAUACCACUAAGUACUUCUCAAAUAUUCUGAUAAAAUGCUUAACGAAAUAACCAAGUCUAUCUUUAUUCCUAAUUCCUAUCAAUAGUAACAUUUAAACCAAAGAAUUUACAAAUAAAAAUAAUAAAAUAGUAAUUAUCAACCCUUUUUAAGUUCUUCUAAAAAAUAAAAAUUUAUCUGA